AUGUUUUUGUUUUCUCUAUUUUUAUUUGUUAAGUCAACUACUACUAGCAUCGAUUACACAUCUUUUGUCACUAAAAUGAUAUCGGAGAGUGAUACAAAUAAAAUCAUUUAUAAUCGGAAUCUCCUUAGUUUAAUUAAUAGUAGAUUUGUUAUUCCUUUAAGAGCAUUUGAUGAUACCAUUUACUAUCCACUUGAGAUGUCUGAAAUGUCAGAAAAAUACAAGUCUAGCAUUUUAAAAGAAACUGAUGAUUUUUAUCAAAUAAAUUCUUUUGAAAAAAAAAUUAGCAUAAAUGACAUGAAUGGUAAAAUUUUAGGAAUUUUAGGAAAGUCAAGAAAUUUAGUUAUUAGUGUCAGAGAUUAUAAAAAUAAUGAAGAAAAUUUAAAUUUGUUAAAAGCAGUUUGUAAAGAUACGGAUUCUUUUGUUACAAUUAUUCCUGCAUCUUUGUCUGCAGUUGUAGGUAUGCUUGUUAAUGAUGUGGAGGUACAAAAAUACUGUAUUAUUUCUGUAGUAGGAAAUGUGACUGUUUGUACAAUUUAUGAAAUUACAGCUAGUGAUAAAAGUGUGAAUAUUAAAACACUCUUUUCUGAAGAAUAUAAAAAUUUUGGUGAGUCUCAAUUUGAUAAUAUAAUUUAUAAGCAUGUUAAAUCUAGUUUACAAAAAAGAGGAGAUAAAAAUCUUGUUAUUAUUCCCACCUUUGAUGAAUACGUUUAUAAGGAUAGUGAUUUAUUUUUAGAUAUUUCAGGAAUAUGUUUAGAAAUAAAAAAAAAUAUUAAUUUUAGUGUAUCUAAUCGUCCUACAGAAGAAGAAGUAGCUAUUAGUAAAAAUGAUAAAGAUGUAAAGAAAAUAAUUGAAAAUUUAAAUUGGAAUUUUGAUGAAAUAAAAAAUGAUUUAUUUGAAUCAGUAAAUUCAAAACAAAUGGCAGAAUUUACGAAUAAAAUAUUGGAAAAGUGUGCGGAAUAUGGUAUUAAAAAAAAAUAUUUAAUUAGUACCUAUAAUGACACGUUAAUUAAUAGGAUAUUAAAUUUGGAUAAUUUAUCAAAUAUUCAAGAUACAUUUAUUUUGAAAGGUGGUCUUAAGUAUGUUCAAUCGAGACACAUUACAUCAAAAAAGCAGAUAACAUCUGAUGAUCCCAGAAUAUGUGAAGGAAAUACUAUGUUUAAUAACUCAAUGUUUUAUUUAGAAGAAGAGAUUAAAUUAAAAAAUAAUUUUAUAAGUAAAAUUCAAGAAAUAAAAGCAAAAGAAGGUAAAUAUUUCGAAUUUUUAUCAGACGAUGCUUUAGAAAAAAUUGAAAAGUUUAUUAAUUUAGAUCCUGAUGUUAAUAAUUUGAAAUUAGAAGAUGUAAAAAAAUUUUUUGCUAUUUUGAAAGAGCUAGAUUAUAAAAAUCAGAAAACUAAAAAUGAUAAACUAACAAGACCGGAUCAAAUAAGAAAACUUGAAGAUAUUAUUGAAAAAGUAAGUAAAGUUAAAGAAGAGAGAAAUGAAGUAUGGACUAAUGCACUUGAAAAAAAAUUAACUGAAUGUAAAACUUUUUUAGAUGACAAUAGGAAAAAUUAUGAAGUUUUUGGAUCUGAUUUUGUAGAAAAAGCUUAUACAUUGGAAGGAAUAUUGGAUUCUAGUAUUCGGUCUUUUGAACAGAGGAAAGCAGCAGAGUUGGCUGCAGAGGAAAAAAAGAAAAUGGCUGAAUUGGAAGAAAAUAAGAAAGCAGCUGAAAUAGUUGAGGAAGAAAAUAAGGAAGCAGCUGAAAUAGUUGAAGGAGAAAAUAAGAAAACGUCUGAUGGAGAAAAUAAGAAAGCAGCUGAAACGGUUGAAGAAGAAAAUAAGCAAUCUUUUAAUAAUCAAUUAAAAGGGGAUAAUCCAUUUGGUGCAACUUUUCCCGAUUUUAGUAAGUUAGUUUCGAGUCCUGAAAAAUUAAAAUUGUUACAAGAAGAAUUUGGGCGUUAUUUGGGCAAAGAAAAUAUUAAAAACUUUUUAAAUAAAAGUGCUGUAGAAAAGAAGCAUAAUGACAAUCCAGAAAAGCAGAAUGCUUCUGAACGAGAUGACAACAGAGAUUUAUAA